GCAGGCAUCUGGGGCCGUCGCCCUUCGAUGACGAGUACGUGGGGUGUGUGGAGUGGAUGGAGCGUAAGGCCCCGGAGCUGCUCCGCAAGGAGCUGGGCCAGAGCCGCUUCUUUGCCGCCGUGUGGGACCACGCGGCUGCCACCUGGGCGCAGCAGAAGCAGGGCCAGAGGCUGCCCGCGGGCUUCAGCGACCUGCACGGCACAGCCCUGGUGGCCUAUACCAACGGCACACUGCUGAGGCACUUCCACACCGCUGCCCAGCGCUACGCCUCCUCCCGGACCCGCUACCUGGCACGCUUCCAGUUCAAGGCACUGCACUUCUAUCUGACCCGCGGCCUGCAGCUCCUGAGGAGCCCCUGCUCUGACCAGCCCCGGCAGGCCGCCUAUCGCCUCUGCCCGGCCUGGCUCCACCGGGGCCGAAGAGGCACCGUCCGCCUGGGCCAGCUCACUUUGGCGACGCUGGCCCCCUGGCCCGUGGCCGACUUCAACACCCUCCCGGCUUAUGCCGUGUACAGCUGCUUCAGCGUCUCUCUGGGGCCAUUCUCUAGCCACUCUGGCCACGGGAAGGUGCUGGUCUCCGGCAACGAGGAGUUCACGGUGGUCAGGGGGGAGGGCCAGGGCUUGGGAGGGCCAAGCUUUGCCCUGCAGAGCACCAACUGCACCUGCAGCCACUUCAACUGCGCCUACCUCGGGGGAAGAAGAAGUGCCAGAUGCAUCUCCAGGCACAGAAAGAGACGGUCUCCUCGCUCAUCCCGAACUCCAUCACGCACAGCCCGGCGGGCAGCUGCUGGAGCCAGAAACACAGACCCCGGAUGUCUGAUGUCCUUGCUCCUUCCCGGGCUCCUCAUCCUGUUUCGCAGCGCUGGGCCGGAUCUCUGGGCCGCUCUCUGACUGGGACACUCAUCCCGGACUUUCAGCGCCACAGGAUACUCACACUCAAGGUCACGAGAACCCUGCCCACCCCUUCCCUCCCCACAACCCGCUCCCCUCCCAGCUCCAGCCCCCUGUCUUCCUCACCCAGCCAGUUAUCACCUUCCCCGGACAUUUGAGUCCAGCUUCUGCCUUUUAAUCUCUCCCUGGUCCCCACCAUCCAGAGAGACCUGGGGGCUUUGAAGCCUCUUCUCAUCGCAGUCAGUUCUCAAUUUUCCACUCCAGUCUCUGGGUUUUCUGAGGCAGGUUUGUAAACCCUGCCCAGACAUGAAUUAUGUUCUUUUCGCUUGAUGAACGCUGUGCUUUAAAAUCAGAUAGACUGCUCUAGUAUUGUUCCAGUGCCUUUUACUGUUCAUUUUGCUUUUGCUUUUAGUUGUUUUCUUUCUGGGUUCAGGUUGAAAUAGAAUGAAGGGGACAUUCUCUGGCCAGAGAAUAAAAAACUCUUUUGUGUUUACA